AAUGAAACAAGUUAGAUUUUCAUUUAGCUCAAAAAAGCCAUCUGUAAUGAAUCAAAUAUUCUAUGCUUACUAAUAUUUAUUAUUUUUCUCAAAUUAACCUUGUGAAAAUUAAAAAUUGUUUUAGAUGCAGAAGAAUUAGAUGUUUUUGCUCUUAUCCAAAAACUGCACUAUUCCUCAAUAGAUAAGGAAAUAGAUUAAUUUUAGGCAAUAUCAAAUAUAAUUUAAAACAAAAAAAGUGGAAUUAGAUUGUACGAACAAUUUCAAAAAAAUUAAUGAUGGAAAUAUGCUUAGAAAGAAAAAAUUUAGAUUAACAGAGAGGAGAGCUAGUAUAUCUUCUCAGAAAAUUAUUUAUAAACCAAAUUUUCAUAUAAGAAUUAUGAAAUUUAAGAAGCCAUACUUAUUAAUAAUAUAUUUGAAAUGCUACCAUAUUAUUCUAACGAUUAAAAGUUGAAAACUAUCUAAAAUAGCAAGAUUACAUCAAAAAGGUUAAAU